CGUUUUUUUCACCGUCUUCAUUUGGUAUUCUCGACUGUGCUUUUCCUCGCGAUGCUCAUAGUUGGUUCCAUGAAUCGUUAUCAGGGUUUUGAUCGGCAAGAAAUCUUUCAACGAUUAUCCUUUCAAGGUUACAUGGAGGAAGAACGAAAGGCGUUAUGCGAACAAUCAGAGCUGGUCUUUGCAUCGCUUUUUCUUCGUAGUGUGUUGGUAUUCAACAUAUUAUGUUCAACAUUCGCUAUUCCAUUGAUCAUACUAGUAGCUAAAUCUACUUAUUCACACAAACUUGUACAUUACAACAUCAAAUGGAUUUUGAUAUUUCAUUUUGGAUGCUUAGUGACACAUGAUUUCUUCAGGUACGUACAUUACUGUAGAAAAAUCCUUAUAAACCUUACAGGUUUCAGUUUGCCCUUGUCACACCAGUGGCCGUGGAAUCUACACACGGGAUUCUACAAUAUUACCUGGGCUUACCAAGCCUUAUUUUCUUUUAGCCUCAGCAAAUUAGGACCGAGCUCAUCAGGGUGGAUAAAACUACUAAACAGGCGCAUCGCUGCGCCACUGAAAUUCCUUAUAUGA